ACAAUGAGUGAAGAGCCAGCGGUCACCCCCAGCUGGCUGACCCCUGACCCCACAGCAUGGGCCAGUGGAGGCGGGGGUCCAAUGGACAACAGCACCGGCCUGGGGAUGUUUCCAUCGGAGGACACCCUCCCGCCCAGCCAGCUGCCGCUGCUGGUCAACCCCUGGGACAUUGUGCUUUGUUCAUCUGGGACUCUGAUAGCUUGCGAGAACGCCCUGGUGGUGCUGGUGAUCUGGCAGAACCCGGCGCUCAGAGCCCCCAUGUUCCUGCUGAUUGGAAGCCUGGCACUGGCUGACCUGCUGGCCGGCCUGGGCCUGGUGCUUCACUUCACCUGUGCCUACUUGCUUCACUCCGACUCGGCCCAGUUGUUGACUGUGGGCCUGGUGGUAGCCUCUUUCUCCGCCUCUGUCUUCAGCCUGCUGGCCAUCACUAUUGACCGCUACCUGUCGCUGUACUAUGCCCUCACCUACAACUCUGAGCGGACAGCGGCCUUCACUUACACCAUGCUCGUGCUGCUAUGGGGUCUGUCUUUGUGUCUGGGCCUGCUGCCGGUCACAGGGGUCAACUGCUUGGCGGAGGAGGCCACAUGCAGCGUGGUGCGGCCUCUGACCAAGAACAACAUCGCCGUGCUGUCCGUCUCCUUCCUGCUGCUCUUCGGCCUCAUGCUGCAACUCUACGUCCAGAUCUGCAAGAUUGUGAUGCGCCACGCUCACCAGAUCGCCCUCCAGCACCACUUCCUGGCUGCCACACCCCACUACGUCACAACACGGAAGGGCGUGUCCACGUUGGCCAUCAUCCUAGGCACCUUUGCUGCCUGCUGGAUGCCAUUCACUGUCUACUCUCUCAUCGCUGACUACACCUACCCUCCACUCUACACCUACGCAACGCUGGUGCCUGCCACCUACAACUCCGUCAUCAACCCGGUCAUAUAUGCCUUCAGGAACCAGGAGAUCCAGAAGGCCUUGUGGCUGGUGUGCUGUGGCUGCGUGCCUGCCAGUGUGGCCCAGCGGGCGCGGACCCCUAGCGAUGUCUGA